AAACAAACUGAAACGGGGACCAUUUUGGGAGAAUGCAAAAGACCAUUGUUUUUUCUCUCACAUCCAUCAGGGGAGUUGCCAACAGAGCCAGGAAUGAUGAGAGUGUCAGUGGCACGCAGUGGAGUUGUUCCAUUCUUGAAACCUCUCUACCAAUUCCCAUUCUCCUUUUCCUCUUCAACCCUUUUCCCUAAAACUUGUUCCACAGCUUUCUCUGUCAAAAUGUCGACAACCCCAUCUCCUCAACUCACUCACAUCAUCAAUCUUCCCACUCAACCCAACCAACCUGUUUCUGUUGUUGCUGCUCCCGGGGUCUCUGAUAUUCACUUCAGGAAUGCUAUUGAAUCCCCAUUGUUCAAGCAGUGGUUAAAGAACAUACAAACUGAAACAGGACUGUUGGCUAAUGGAGCUAUGUCUUUAAGACAAGUUCUCAUUCAGGAUGUGGAUAUGUUUGGAAAGCGUUUGGGGUUUCUAAAGUUCAAAGCAGAUAUUAUUGAUAAGGAGACAGGUCAAAAGGUUCCUGGUAUUGUCUUUGCACGGGGUCCAGCUGUUGCAGUGCUAAUCCUCUUGGAUUCUGAGGAUGAAACAUAUGCUGUGCUUACGGAACAGGUUAGAGUCCCAGUUGGGAGGCUAAUUCUGGAACUGCCAGCAGGAAUGUUGGAUGAUGACCAAGGUGACUUUGCUGGAACAGCAGUUCGAGAGGUUGAGGAAGAAACUGGAAUACACCUGAACGUCCAUGAUAUGGUUGACCUCACGGCUUUUCUCGAUUCAUCAACCGGGGCCAGAGUUUUUCCUUCUCCUGGUGGUUGCGAUGAGGAGAUCAGUUUGUUUCUAUACAGAGGACAUGUCAGCAAAGAGAAAAUCCAACAACUACGAGGGAAAGAAACUGGACUACGAGACCAUGGUGAGCUGAUUAAAGUGCAUGUGGUUCCAUAUGAUAAACUAUGGCGUGCAACAGCUGAUGCAAAGGCUGUGUGUGCCAUUGCCCUCUACGAGAUGGCUAAAAGAGAUGGGCUAUUGCCUUCAUCAAUGAGUUAAUAGUUUCUCCUCCGCUGUAUAUCAACUUACAUUAUUGUAAAUUGCCAAAGAGAUGCCGAUUCUCUAUUUUAGACAAGUCGCUUUCUACAUCAUGAGCAUUCUGCUGUUGCUUGGUAUUAAGAUUUUGUACAUCGACGCAACUGUUUUGCGUAGAACACAAUUCUAUCAUUUCAAGUAAUCGUUUCUCCCUCUUAAA